AUGCAAAACCACCCUCUACUUCUUCGGAGACCUUUAGCUCCCAAACUCCCUAAGUUGUCCUUAUGUCUGAAGAAAGCCCGUCCAGCUGAGAUUGGUCAAACUAAGCUACCACGUGUACGGUUCGCUGAAGAUAAUACCACUUCAAGGGAAAGAGCUGAAACUAGUUUUCCUGAUGUCCUUCCGAGAAAUCAAUCACAACCCCCAGUCAGUAUUCAAAAUCUCCUUCUUGAUCAUCAGGUACAAAGAAGAGUGACUACUAUUUCGACAACCAAAAAACCUUCUAAGGGGAUUGACUGGCACAUUCCAGAGACUGCUACUGGGUGCAUAUUUUUUCCAAGGUGCUGUUCAGCUUCGCAUCGAGUUUUCCGAAAAGAAAUUAGCAAAAUGGAAAGUGGCAGAAAAUCAGAAGACAUUUUAAAAAACAUUCUGAUUCUCUCCUCAGAGUUCUCCAAACGCCCAGGUGCCCCUUCUCCAGAGCCUCCUCCCAACAUCCAGGAGGUUCACGCUGAGCAUAUGCUUUAUCAAAACAGAACCUAUACUUUUAAGCAGCCCCUGCUACGUUUAAGCGCAACAGUGCCGAUCCCUGUACCGAGGACACCUGUUAAAGCAGAGACACAGCAGCCGGACCGUCUACGACCCUGUCCUAUAGUGACGCUGAGUAUCACUCAUGUUCCAGGUCCCAUUUUCAUACCAACACCAACUUUGCCAAGGAAACCUCUGAGACAGUCCGUGAUAGGUAAAUCCAAUCUGAGCGUCAUCUGUAAUAACCCGGCAGAAAGUCGUGUAACAGAAUAUGAACAUGUAGAAAGUGCCCCAAAGCAAAGCGUCCAAGGUACACGUAAAGGGAGCCUUCAAUCUAGAAAACCACCAGAAUCACCAGUGGAAAACGUCAUACAUGGUGAAGGUUUUAAGACUAUUGUGGCAACUCAAUAUGAAACAAUAAUGGCCAUGACCGACCUGGCGAUAAUAAACUGUCAAAUACAUGGACACAACGCACUGAAUCUUAAGGGCUUUUUUCUCCUGAAUUGUCCAGACUUAACACCUUUGGCUUUCCAAUUAAUAUAUCUUAAUUUAUCAUAUAAUAACAUCUGUUACUUUCCCACAGAAGUAUUUUGUCUUGAAAAUUUACAAAUACUGAUCCUGAGAAACAAUCCUAUCAAAGAAAUUCCUUCUACAAUUCAACAACUUAAGUUCCUUAAGUCUUUCAACAUUGCCUUUAAUUUGAUUACUACUCUUCCACCUGGGUUAUUUUGCUUGUUUAAUCUUGAAGAACUCGAUAUUUCCUACAAUAGCAUUGCUUUUAUUCCAAAUGAAAUCCAGAAACUCAGAUCCCUUGAAAGAUUGAUUGUUGACGGGAAUGAACUGACUACUUUCCCACAUGGAAUUCUGAAGCUUAACCUUAAAAAAAUCCUAUUUGAGAAUAAUUUCACUAAUCCCAGCUUUUGGAAAGAGAAUUCUAUGAAUAAUCCGCAACGUCUUACUCAACUUGCUUCUUGGUUCUUUUUAAAGAAUAAUCUACAUAAAUAUUAUCCUGUGAUCCCAGUGGAAAUUCAAACGUUACUAAAAUGCACGUCCAAAUGUGAGUGGUGUCACGGGCCAAGGUUCGGUGAAGGUUUUCGCAUCAUCCGAUCCUACGAUAUUUUCGGAGCCAUCCAGCUUCCUGUGCUAUUUUAUGUCUGUUCCUCUUCCUGCUACAGAAGAGUAAAGGAAAGCGGUUUGGGUUUUGAGAAUGCUCCUGUCGACAAGAGCUUGGCAAUAAGGUGGACAAAACGAGCUUUGUGA